AUGAAGAAACUCGACCAAGACGAUGACGUCAGCCUCACCCUCGCCCUCUCCUUACCACCACCGCUCCCUCCUCCUCCUCCUCCUCCGCCCACCGACCCCGCCCUCCCUCCACCGCCCGCCUCCGCCCGGUCGCGGCAGCCGCGGAGCCGGCCCAACAAGAAAAACAAGACCGACGUGGUGGAGCCGCCGUACCCGUGGGCCACAUCCACGCGGGCCAAGGUCCACACGCUGGCCCACCUCCUGGCCCACAACGUAACGACCGUGACGGGGGAAAUGCGGUGCAAGAGCUGCGAGGCCACGUACGACAUCUCGUACGACCUGAGGGAGAAGUUCGUGGAGCUGGGGACCUACAUCGUGGACCACAUGGGCUCGAUGCACCACCGGGCCCCCGAGCGGUGGAAGCGGCCCGCCCUGGCCCGGUGCGAGCGGUGCGGGCUCGCGGGCAGCGCGAGGCCCGUGGUGGCGGCCCGGAAGAAGCGGAUCAACUGGCUGUUUUUGUUGCUGGGGGAGUUUUUGGGCUUCUUGACGCUUGAGCAGUUGAGGUAUUUCUGUAGGCACGCUGGGGUGCAUCGGACGGGUGCCAAGGACCGGUUGUUGUAUUUGACUUAUUUGGGGAUCUGUAGGCAGUUGGAUCCUCAUGGACCGUUUGGAUCGACGAAUAACAAUUGA